AUGGCAGAAGUCGUCGUGGCUUCAGGGUUGCUAGCCCUGGCGUCCUUCGCUUUUCAAUCUAGCGUCACACUAUACGAGACUAUCAAAGAUUUCCAUUCGCACCCCAAGCGUGUCCGUGAUCUGGUUGAGGAGUUGGAAGCCUUGAUCGGGGUCCUGGGUCCGCUCAAAGACAUGGUCGCUUCUCCAGCGGGUACAUCACUUCCUGCCCUUGACCUUCCUUUGAAAAGAUGUGGCAGUGCAUGUAAUGAAUUCGAACAGCAAAUUCUGAAAUGCUUAUCACGGUCUGGUGGGGAUAGAAAAAGCUUUCGUGACUGGGCUCGUUUGCAGUAUAUGAAGGACGAUAUUGAUGGAUUUCGGCGGCUACUAGCGGGUUACAAGCUGACUAUCAAUAUUGCUCUCACUGAUGCCACCCUUCAUCGGUCUACGAUUACCGCUGAAAUUCUCGAAAACCAAAAACAGCUGAUUGAGGUCACCAAGGAUGAUCUAGAGGCUCAUCUUGAAAGCAUCAAUGAGAAACUGGAGCGUGCACUUGAACAGGCCGCUGCAAAAACCGAGCAUGAUACGUCAGAAAUGCAAGUGAUGAAAGAAGAGCGGCUGAGCACCGAAAGGUGUCUCCAAAUUUGCGCAAAUUUAUCCGAGCAUAUCGAGCAAAUUCGGCUCAAAGCUAGCGAAUCAUCCACCUCAAAUGCCGUACCUGAGUUGAUCGUGAACCAAGGGCUGCAGCAGUGUAAAGAAAACCUUGCGUCUACCGCUAUAAAGCUAGAGAAACAUAUCCAAGACAUUAUGGAUCGGAUGUUUGUGACGUCUAAGUCAAGCCUCAAAUCAGAAGAUGAUCUUGCGGACUUGUCAAGACUACGAGAUGAGUGGAAAACGACUCGAGAAUGCAUAAACAUCUGCUCGCAGGCAGACAGACAUCUCAAAGAAACCGUCACUACUGUGGAGAACUAUGGCGCCGGUGACGCUGUUCAAUUCAUGGUGUCAACUAAUGGACAGGUCAUUCAUGGAAAGAAUCGAGGCGUCGGAUGGAGAACUAGACAGGUUGGUGGUCAUCUCAGCGAUGAGUCGGUCCAACAAUUAUCCCGGGACAUGACAGCCAUCAAUAUCCAGCGCACGAAUGAUGAAGACUUGUCGUCUGCAGAUAAACAGCAGAUGUACAGCGAACGAUACGGGCGGGGAUAUCAACUGACACCCAAAUCUUCGCCAGAUGAGACACCAAACUCGAUGCAUUCUUCAGAUGGGAAAUCGCCCAGAAGAUGA